AUGCUCACUCCGACAGCUCCGGUACCAUCAGCUACAGAACUGAACUACAAUGGAAUAGUUCCUAAUACAAUGGAAACAGCCGAAGCACGUAUGCAAAAAUUUGCAGAGAUUGCAGCUCGAUAUGAAAUAAGUCAUGAAUUUGCAUCUCGUCUACGACAACUUGAAGGUUAUGAAAUUGUCUUUCUAUGUGAUGAUUCAGGUUCAAUGGCAACUGCUGUUGGAGACACUGACAAUGCUUUUGCCGUACGUUCUACGCGUUGGGAUGAAUUAAAACAAAUUGUAUCUAUCACUGUCGAUAUUGGUUCUGUACUUGAUCCUGAUGGCUUAGAUAUUUAUUUUCUUAAUCGUCCUCCACUUUUACGUAUUAAACAUUCAUCUGAAUUGAUCCCUGCUUUUGCUAACCCACCCAACGGUUUAACACCAAUUACACGUGUACUUCGUCAAAUACUUCAAGCUAAACAGAGUGAAAUUCAAGAACGUAAACUAUUGAUUAUUAUUGCUACCGAUGGACAACCGACUGAUGAUCGUGGUAAAAUUGAUGUUGAAGCAUUAGAACGUGUUCUGAAGUAUGAAAGAAAACCAGCUGAUCGAAUCUUUGUAACUUUCUGUGCAUGUACUGAUGAUGAUCAAGCUGUAGGAUAUUUAAAUAGAUGGGAUGAAACAAUACCUUAUCUCGAUGUAUGUGAUGAUUAUCGAUCAGAACGCAAAGAAAUAUGGCGAGUUCAAGGACGACAAUUUCCUUUUUCAUUUGGAGAUUAUGUAGUAAAAAUAUUAUUAGGCUCGAUUGAUCGAUAUUUCGAUAAACUUGAUCAAAAACCAGUUGGUUCACAUCAUAAAAAUGCAUGUUGUUCUUUGAUGUAA